UUUGUACAUGUAAUGGCGUGGGUGGAGAUGAACCUAGUACUCUUGUACCAAAAAGUUGAUGCAUCUUUAAAUUUGAUGGCAACUGAGCAAACUCUUGCCCAAGCCACAAUCACACUCACACUACUAAAUAACAUCUUUUAAUCUCUUCACUCUCUGAUUCAAUUUCCAACCACAAUGGGCACCCCUCACUUUCUUGUUAUACCAUAUCCAAUUCUAGGCCAUGUGAAUCCCCUUAUCCACUUGUCUCAGAUUCUAGCCAAACAUGGCUGCAACAUCACUUUUCUCAACACUGAGUUCAGCCACGAACGGUUGAACACCACUGGUGCUGGCCUAGACAACCUCAAGGGCUCAGGGAUAAAGUUUGUGACACUCCCUGAUGGUUUGUGCCCUGAAGAUGAUAGAAGUGAUCAGAAGAAAGUUGCUCUCUCAAUCAAAACCAACAUGCCCUCUAUGCUUCCAAACCUCAUACAGCAUCUCAAUGCUUUAGAUGUCAACAAUAAGAUCACUUGUAUAGUUGUCACAUUGAGCAUGGCCUGGGCCUUGAAAGUUGGCCACAGUUUGGGAAUCAAACGUGCACUUCUGUGGCCUGCAUCAGCAACUUCAUUAGCCUUGUGUGAUUGCAUUCCAAGGCUGAUUCAUGAUGGGAUUAUAGAUUCAUAUGGAAUCCCUAUCAAAAGACGAGAAAUUCAACUCUCUCCAAAUAUGCCUAUGAUGGACACUGAAAACUUUCCAUGGCGUGGCAAUGAUAAGUUACACUUUGAUCAUCUUGUGCAAGAGAUGCAAACUAUGAAGCUAGGAGAGUGGUGGCUUUGCAAUUCCACUUAUGAUCUUGAGCCUGCAGCGUUUUCCAUAUCACCAAGGCUUCUUCCAAUUGGUCCAUUGGUGGCAAGUGACAGCAACAAAAUUUCAUACUGGGAAGAAGACACAACUUGUUUGGAGUGGCUAGAUCAGCAACUACCUCAAUCUGUUGUUUAUGUUUCCUUUGGUAGUUUGGCAGUGAUGGACCCCAACCAAUUUAAGGAAUUAGCCCUUGGACUUGAUCUCAUUGACAAGCCUUUUAUUUGGGUUGUACGUCCAAGUAACGACAAGGUAGAUGUUAAUGCAUACCCACCUGAUUUCCAUGGAAAUAAAGGUAAAAUAAUUAGUUGGGCACCCCAAAAGAGGAUAUUGAACCAUCCUUCACUGGCUUGCUUCAUUAGUCACUGUGGUUGGAAUUCUACUGUGGAAGGUGUAUGUGGUGGCAUACCGUUCUUGUGUUGGCCAUUUGCCAAGGAUCAACUUGUUAACAAGUCAUAUAUUUGUGAUGUGUGGAAGGUUGGAAUUGAAUUAGACAAGGAUGAAAAUGGACUAAUAUCAAAAGAAGAGAUAAUGAAGAAGGUGGAGCAAUUACUUGGGGAUGAAGUCAGAAAAGCAAGAUCAUUGAAUAUGAAGGAAUUGACCAUGAACAACAUAGCUGAAGGUGGUGAGUCUUCAAAAAAUCUGGAUAAGUUUAUCAAUUGGGCAAUGUAAUAACCAUGGUUUGAUUGGUGUUUUUUUUUUAUUCAUUGUAUUUAAUGUUUGAAAUUCGUUUGGUUCACAUAUUUCUGUAUUAGACAAAGCAUGAUCUCAUAAUAAACAGACAGCAGAAGUUAUUAAUUAGGACC